UCGAAAUAUCUGCCGGGCGUAGAAGUUGUUAUGUAUGAUCAAUAGAUGCCGUCGCGGCAUGUCCAAGAGAGACAAUCGGUAAGUGGGCAUGGAUGGCGAGAAUGCCGAGUGUCAAGCCGAACGAGUCGAGUCUGCCCUACCCCCCACUUCCAUCCCGCCUCAUUGAUUAUUGUCUCAUUACUGCUAAACGCCGAGAGGAAUUGAUUGAUUGAUAAUACUAUCGCGUCCUCGAAUUUAUCCAGGGGUCUUUUCUGUUCAUAUCGCUCGUCACAUACUCGGAAUUGAAGCAUACAACAAUGGCAGACUACACAGUUCCCCUCUGGCUCGACGGCAAGGAAGUCGUCACCGAAACCACCUUCGAUGUCAACUCACCCAAGACUGAGAAGAAGCUCUGGAGCUGCUCUUCUGCCUCGGUCGAAGACGCCCAAAAAGCCGUAGACUCAUGCCAACGCGCCUGGAAGUCAUGGAAGAAGUUGAAGACCACAGAGAUCCGCAAGAUCCUCUUGAAGGCUGCAGACAUCAUGGAGAGCCGCUUGGACGAGCUGGCCGGAUACCAAAUGGAAGAGACGGGUGCCCCUGAUUUCAUUGUAAAGCAAUUCAAUCUGCCCACAACAGUCGAGAUGUUCAGAGAUGUCGCUGGCCGCAUCGGUGGCAUCGUUGGUAUGAUUCCUCAGACUCAAGAUGGUGGAGCUCUGGUCUUCAAAGAGCCCUACGGUGUCAUUCUGGGCAUUGCUCCUUGGAAUGCUCCCUACAUCCUGGGUCUGAGAGCCGUCAUCUACGCCCUGGCUACUGGCAACACCUGCAUUCUCAAGGGAAGCGAGCUCUCGCCUCGCUCAUUCUGGGCCAUUGGAAGUGUCUUCCACGAGGCCGGUCUUCCCGCUGGUUGCCUCAACGUUCUCUACCACCGCACCACCGACGCCGCCGCUGUCACCAACCACCUCAUCGAGGCUCCCGAAAUCAAGAAAGUCAACUUCACUGGCAGCACUGCCGUUGGUGCCAUCAUUGCCGCCAAAGCUGGUCAGAACCUGAAGCCCUGUCUGAUGGAACUGGGUGGCAAGGCUUCCGCUCUUGUCCUUGAUGAUGCAGAGAUUGAGAACGCCGCUUUCCAGUGCGCUCUGGGUGCCUUUGUCCACGCCGGUCAAAUUUGCAUGUCUACCGAACGCAUCAUUGUCCACAGAUCCAUCCUUGAGCCUUUCUCAGAAGCUCUCAAGGGCGCUAUCGCAAAGAUCUACCCCGACUCUGGAGAGGCUCCCAUUCUGGUUGCCAAACCUGCUGUCGAGAAGAACCAAAAGCUUGUCAAGGAUGCUGUUGAGAAGGGCGCUAAGCUCCUCUACGGCGACAUCAACUCAAAGGAGACAAACGCACAUCGUCUUCGUCCCUUCGUUGUUCAGGAUGUGACCAAGGAGAUGGACCUCUACUACACCGAGUCUUUCGGUCCUUCAGUAUCACUUCUUACCGUCGACUCGGAUGAGGAAGCUGUAAACUACGCCAAUGACACCGAGUACGGUCUAUCCGGUGCCAUCUUCACCAAGGACCUGCAAAGAGGUAUUAGACUGGCCAGACAAAUCGACAGUGGUGCUGUGCACAUCAACCAGAUGUCUGUACACGACGAAGCUGGUCUGCCCCACGGUGGUGUCAAGAAGUCUGGUUGGGGUCGCUUCAACCACGAGUACGGUCUCAACGAGUUCUUGAAGCUCAAGACCGUUACCUUUGCUGGUGACUGGUGAAAAACGUGAAGUUGUUGAUGACUUGUCUUGAUAUUAUGAUGUCUUUUUUUUUUGUUGUAUAUACCAAAUUUACGAAUUGAAUCUAUUGCAUAUACCCACC